UAAUCAGUUGUUAAAAAUUAUUCACAAAAAAAUCUUAGAUCUAAAAAUUAAUUAAGUACAUAAAUAUAAAGUGUACGACUGAGAAUAAUAUUUAUUAAGUUCAAUUGAAUAGUACAAGUUAAAUUAUAUUACAGUCAAACAUUAUAAAGUUAUUUUAAAAGUAGGUUAAUACACAUUUUCAGUUUGUCAUUAUCAGCUAUUAAGAAAAUAUUACAAUUAAUUGUAAUGGCUGUAGUUAAAAAAGGUCUGAAAAUGUAAAAACCAGGUAGAUCGUAGAUGGGGAAUAUAUGUUCAGAGACGGCUCAUACGUUGAAAAAAACGACACUAGUUUAUGCAAAUUCUAUCAAAAAGAAGAGAUAAGGAAUGUAACAGUAACCACCCAUUUUACAAUUGCUAUUGACAAACUCUCCUAAUUGAUAACAAGGGCAUGUUUCGAAAAUGUCAGGAGUCUGCCAUUUAAUAGUGUAAGGAAUGCCACCAGUAAUCUUGUGUAAUAAGUCAGGGUCUAGCACACUAACGGUACGUUCACACGGAGACACGAUUUGCCUAAUCUUAUUUUCAUCGGAUCUGGAAAAACCGAAUGUUGUAUUCACACAGCACAUCUUGUUUGGCCGUAUCCGACGGCCUCGUAUCGGGAUCUCGUGUGAACUCACCAUCCGGCUUUUAUUAGCAAGAGCGCGCACAGUUCCUCACGUUGAUUUGGAAGCGAUGGACGUGAACAGUCUUGCUAUACUAUACUGGUAUUAUCGCCGUCAGCGUCGUAGAAAAAGAUUGUGGUUAAACCCAAUAGUACAAAGAAGAUCAACAGUUGGUGCCUUUACAACUCUAAUGCAGCAGUUAAGAAAUGAUCCACAAAAAUUUUUUAACUACUUUAGAAUGACUAUACCUACAUUUGAUAAUCUUUUGAAAAAAGUGGAAAAAGAUUUGAAAAAGCGUGAUACAAAUAUGAGGAAAAGCAUUAGACCAGAAGAAAAAUUAGCGAUAUGUAUAAGAUAUAUGGCUUCUGGGUGUUCAUACAAGGAUUUACAUUACGCCUACCGAGUCGGAGUGUCUACGAUCAGUAACAUUAUUAAGGAAGUAACGAAUGCUAUUUGGAACAAUUUGCAUGGGGAGUUUAUGACAUUACCCAACACAAUAUCUGACUGGGAAUAUAUCGCCAAUGGAUUUAAUACUAGAGCAAACUUUCCCCAUUGCAUUGGUGCAGUGGACGGUAAACAUAUUAGGAUAAAAAAGCCAAACAACAGUGGUUCCAUGUUUAUGAAUUACAAAGAUUUCUUUUCCAUCGUAUUAUUAGCAGUGGUUGAUUCAUAUUAUAAAUUUACAUACAUCUGUGUGGGCUCGUAUGGAAAAGAAUGCGAUUCGACAAUAUUCAAGGAGUGUACUUUUUGGAAAAAACUAAUAGAUGGUGAUUUGCAAUUACCGGCAGCAUGUCCACUGACAAACGAUUCCGAUUUAUCGAUUCCGUUUGUAGUAAUAGGCGAUGAAGGUUUUGGCUUGCAUCAACAUUUGAUGAGACCUUACGGCGGAAACCAUUUGGAUAGAAACAAAAGAAUAUAUAACUACAGAUUAACCAGAGCUCGACGCUAUGUUGAGUGCGCCUUUGGGAUAUUAGCUAACAAGUGGCGAAUAUUUCAUCGUCCACUGGAUGUUGAUACCAGCACAGCAAUAUCGAUUGUAAAGGCUUGCACUGUACUUCAUAAUUUUAUAAUAGAUAUGGAAGGUGUACAGUCGAACAUAGAAACAACAAGCAAUGUAUCAUCAGUGGUUAACGUGUUCACAGAUGCACCCAAUGAACAAAAUAGUACACGAGGUGGACGAUGUGCUAAUGUUAUACGAUCUGAAUUCACAAAUUAUUUUAUUUCUACAGCAGGAGCUGUGCCUUGGCAAGACGAAUCAAUCUAACGUUAAUUUUGUAACACACUGCUAAUGUACAAAUACUUAACCUGUUUACUUUAAAAAAUUACAAACUUACCAUAAUCCUGCCUGUUUUUCUCCUCCAUUUCUUCAAAAUCUUCAUUUAAAUUUAUACAUAUUUCUCGCCAGCCAGCAGUUCUCAAGUUUUUAUCCUUGUAUAUUUCGAGAGUUUUGUCCCAUAAAACUGGCCGAUUUUGGACAAGAGAAAUUAAAUUUUCAACGUUUAUAUUUUUCGUCGUCAUAGCGAGCGGUCAGUCAAAGCGGGCGAAAAGAACUGGCGACUGGCAAGCGCACGUGCAGUGUGUCCCUCCCGCCCACCCCUCCUUCCCAGCUUGUGCGACGCAUUCGGUUUCAAGAUCCGACAAAAAACCGAAUCUACCCCUGCGUGUAUCGUAUGAACGCAUCUAUUGAAUGCCCUAUACCACUGUAUCGGAUCUGCAUUUUGCAGUAUCGCCGGAUCGGUUUGUAGUCGCAAAAUCGGAUGUCAACUUCAGCAAGAUUCGGCUUUUUUGUCGUGUCUUGAAACCGAAUGCAUGUGUGAACUCCUUCAUUGAAAUACUUAUGCCACUAAACCCAAUCCUGCAAAAAACCGAUUCGGUAGCACGCCGUGUGAACGUGGCGUUAGGCUGCGUAUAAUCUGCAGUAUCACUUUCUCCAGAGAAAUUACUUUGUCAGAUAUUCUUAAAAGAUUAAAUACAGUCUGCAUUUGUGCUCCAGUAAGAGAAUAAGAAAGUUCUAGAACAUCUUCUAUACUAGCUGCUCUAGUCAACUCAUACACAUGAUUAAAUAAGCUGUUAUGGUUAUGAGUGGUCUCAUUUCUGUUAUAGAAUAAGUUUCUAUACUAAGUUUAUUUUUUAUUAGUUUGUAUUUCGACAUCUGUCAAAUGGAAUUAUAAGAAAACAAAGGAUUAAAUAAACAGUCUUAUAUCACGCAAUGGUCUUUUACUACAUGUAGUUCGGUGGCUAGCAAUUCACAUCCUCCUCCUUCUUUGGGGGAGAAGGAAGAUAGUGAUGAUAGUGCUUAUCAUUUAAAUGUAUUCGCUGAUGCUGAAGAGUAUCCCAGAGAGGAGCUUGGGGUUGACCAAGAAACUGAUAGUGAGUCGUCGGAGAAAGCGAAACGUAGGCCAGCUGCUAAUAGGGCUCGUGAGCAGUUAGCUUUAUAUUUUAAGAAAAAAUAGUGUUAAUGUUAAUUUAAAUAUUUUUGUUAUUUUUCUUUAAGGGAAAGAUGUUAUAGAAUAAGUUUCAGCUCGUAGGUCACAGUGUUUUAAAUCAUUUGUAGAAUAUCCUAAUCUUUCAAAAGUCUUAAGCGAUAAUAUAUUUAAGUCCGACCCAGAAUCUAACUUAAAGUUUUCUGACAUACCGUUUUUACAUAAAAACAAUGUUUCAAACCACUUACUGUCUUUACAUUUAUCACCAUUCAAGACAGAUACGUAUAAUGGAUCAUUGAUAGUUAUUUCCUCGUUCACUUCAAGCACUUUUUUAUUAGCUCUCACGCAACACUUUUUAAAAUGACCCCUCUGGAAACACCGAAAGCACGUCGCGAAUCUAGCUGGACACCGAUCUUGGUCAUUAUGACCAAUACCGCACGACACGCACUUUACAUCACUAUACGCGCUCAGCCGAGCAUCGAACCGACGACCCGGCUCAUCGUUGUACAUGCGGCGCGCAGCGCUGGGCCCGGCGCCCCGGCCGCUCGAGCCGGCUGCCCCGCCCGGCGCGCGCGCUCGCGCCCUGUACACUGCAUCCACCGCCGCGCCGGCCGUAUAGGGCUUGUACACAAAACUGCGAUGCGACGCGAUGCGAAUUCGCAACGCAAAAAAUUACGACACGAAUUGCUGCGAUGCGAUUUCGUGCGGCAAGGCGUCUCUCAGGGCGACCAUUUCUUCGACGACCGUUAACCGUACUAAACGUAUUUUAAAUUGAAAACAGGUCGUGACAUGGAUCGUAAAAAGAAGUGUGCACUUUUAUUAUUGCUUAGGAGAUACAGGAAAAAGAAACAAAGAAGAUUUUGGGUUCAUCCAUUUAUUACUAUUAUGAAUCCCGUUGGAAACUAUUUUCUUCUAAAAUAUAAAGCUUUGAAAACCGACGAAAAAAAAUUUUUCGAGUAUUUUAGAAUGAGCAUAUUUUCAUUCGAAGAGCUUUUAAGUUUAUUAUCACCAUAUCUUCAGAAACAAUCGUACAAGGGGAGAAUUCCUGUUAUGCCUCUGGAAAUGAUUGGCCUCACUAUCCGGUAAGUAAAGUAAAACAAUAAUUGUUUACAUUAGUUUUUAUUGAGAAAAGAGUUUUUAAAAUAUUACAAUUCAUAAAAUUUACGAAAAAUCAAAGUCUUCUUCAGUUGAAAGUGUGCUUAAUAUGCUUGAGUUAGAAAAAUCAUUACUGGGUGAAUCAAUUUGAUCUGGUAUGUUAGAUGACUGUGGACGUAUCAGUGGCGUUUGUUGAGAUGUCGCAAAAUGUUGAGUUUGAUAGCCACCCUGGUAGUUGCUAUUCGGAUAGUAGUAGCCAUGAGGUUGAUGCAAUUCUGUUAAAAUUUGAAGAACUCUGCUCUGAAAGAUUAGAGUUUUAUUGUCAUCUAAUCUUUCAAGUGAUGGUAGAAUACCUUUAAAAAAAGAUAUGUGUCUAUUCUCAGGUUCCUUUAAAAUCUUUACAAUAUCAUCUUCAAAAUUAUUAACCAUCUUUCGUUUUGGUGGCUGCCUUUGGUAACGUGUUUUAGAUGUACCUUCUUGAUUAUCCUGCUCAUUUUCUGAAUCAUUUAUACUAGUAGUGGUCUCAUUUUGCAAAUUUUUCUUAAGAAAUUGUAAUUGUUUGUACAGAUGGUAUUCUUUUAUAUUUUUGGAUGCAGACCCUGACCUACUUGCAUCUUUGAGUUUCUUUUCAUAUUUAUUAAAGGUAUCCUUAAUCCCCCUCCAUCUUUGUAUUACUGAAUUUCCUGAAAAAAAAAAAAUAGACAAUAUUUAAUUUAUUCAUUUAUUUAUUAAUCUUUAUUAUUCAUCAAAUACCAAUUGUACAGAAUAGGCGAACUUAACGCUAGAAGCGUUGUCUACCAAUUAAAUAAAUUAAAAUAAUUUAUGUAUGUUUAUGUCGUUUUAGGUUAGUGUUCUUUACUUUUCAAGUAUGUUAUAUAAAUUAACUUUUUUUUCUAUUUAUGUUACAGAUUCCUAGCGACCGGAAAUGAAAUCAGAAAUAUACAUUUAGAUUAUUAUCGAGGAAUAAGUACAGUUGCUAAGAUAAUACGAGUAGUUUGUAAUGCAAUAUGGAAAUUUUGUUUAAAUGCAAACAUACCAAAAAUAACACAACAGCUGUUUGAAGAAAUAGCUGCGGACUUUAACAAGAAAGCCAACUUCCCUAACUGUAUUGGAGCCGUUGAUGGGAAACAUAUUCGUGUUCGUAGUCCCCCAAAAAGUGGAUCACUUUUUUUUAAUUACAAGGGCUACAAUUCAAUAGUUUUGUUGGCUAUUGUGGACUCGAAAUACAGAUUCAUCUAUGUGGACAUAGGCGCAUAUGGAAAGGAAAGUGACUCCACUAUUUUCCACAACACGAAACUGUACGACUUACUGAUGAGAGGUGAUUUGCCUACACCAACAUCAAGGCCGUUACCGGGCUUUCAAGAACCGGUUCCUUUUGUUUUUGUCGGAGACGAAGCUUUUUCUAUUUCGAAUAAUGUCAUGCGUCCUUAUUCUGGCAAGCAUUUGUCUGUUAAACAAAGAGUAUUCAACUACCGUUUGAGUAGGGCAAGAAGAUAUGUCGAGUGUACUUUCGGCAUACUGGCCAAUAAGUGGCGAAUAUUUCACCGGCCCAUUAACGUUUCAUAUGAUUUUGCAAUAGAUAUUGUUAAGGCUUGUUGCAUACUACAUAACUUUGUAAUUAACCGUGAUGAAUUAGACACCCCUAUUGAAAUGAUCAUAGAUAAUUCCGAACUACAACCACUUCAACAAGGGUUGAAUGUAGGUAGUCAGGUGGUAAGUGCAAAUAUAAUUAGAAACGAAUAUUCGGAUUACUUUACUAGUGAAGUUGGAGCAUUAAGCUGGCAACUAAAACUAAUUUAAGAAUAUACAAUGCGGCUUGCAUUGUUGCUCGCGUUCUAGGUAAUAAGUCAAUACAACAGGUACAAAAGGAUCACAUCGUAAAACAUUAAAGUAGCUCGCUGUCGACGCCUAAACAUUUGUAAACAAUUUAAAGAAUAUUUUUUGUGCUUAUAUGAAUAGAAUGUUUGAUUUGUAGGUAGUUUUAGUAAAAAGUAAAAAGAAGUUUUACUUAAUAAAUGUAUUUGUGUACUUACCAAG